GAAUGGCCUCAUAUUACAUACGGAAAGGUCCCUCAAACUCCAUCGUUUUCGCGCCAUCCGGGAUGGCGGGGUGCCGACAUUGCCGAUGCUUCUGCCCAACAAGGGUGGGUCAUGUGUAUCUACUGCCAUCCAAUGACAUAUCGUCCGGAACCACGACUGCGUAUUCUGGGAAUUCAAUCAUUUGCCGUCCCACGGCCAGCAUUGCGCUCCUGCGUAUGAGCGACACGAUUCGUCCAAUUGACCUAGAGCCCCUCCCCCGUCUGGGUUCUCAUCGGCGUCGGCGUCACCGUUGCAUCAGCAUGGCACGCACCUCGUAAUCAUUACGCCGGUUGCCAUCUAAUCCUUUCCAAAACGCAAGACAGGCAAAAUGUCGGCUCCCCGCUCGCACUACAUGCGGGAGAUAUUUGUCUCGCACCUGCAAGAUGCAUCGUACCUGCCGCAGACGACUUCGUACGUUGCGCUUGAAGAGCAGGCGCGCAAGAAGUUAACGCCCGAGGCGUACGGUUACGUGGCUGGCAGCGCUAGCAGCGAGAACACCAACAAGAGUAAUAUGGAUGCUAUGCAGGACUGGCAGAUCGUCCCGCGCAUGCUAGCGGGGGUCGACCUCGACAACUUCGACAUGAGCACGACGCUUUUUGGACGUAAGUUCGCCACACCGUUCGUCAUCAGUCCCAUUGGCGUCCAAGGGCAGCUGCAUGUAGAUUCAGACCGUGCGACGGCGCGUGCAGCGUGCAAAGUAGGCGUACCCUUCACGCUUAGCUCAGCUACGUCUACGCCGCUUGAGGUCGUCGCGCAGGAAGGCGGCUUCGCCAAGGCACGCGAGGAAGCCGAAGGUUGCGACGGCGAGGUCUCGGGCGCUGAGCCGUGGUUCCAGCUGUACUGGCCGUCGGACGAUGACAUUACGCGCUCGCUGCUCGACCGUGCAAAGAAGAGUGGCUACAAAGUGCUCGUCGUUACGCUCGACACGUGGUCACUCGGCUGGCGUCCUCGCGACCUGGACAUCGCUUACAAUCCUUUCCUCAAAGGGAAUGGUCUCGCCAACUUGUUCUGUGAUCCAGUGUUUGUCGAAAAAUAUUGUGAGGGAAAAUCUCCGCUGCGCAAGGAUACAACCGAAGACGAUGUCUUCCAAGCGGCGCUGGCCUGUAUCUCGCUGCUGUCUCCGGGCAACUCCCGUUCCUGGGCGGACCUGCCGCUGCUGCGCGAGCUCUGGGGCGCCUCCGCAGACGGACACAAGAUCGUCCUGAAGGGCAUUCAGUCCGUCACGGACGCCGCGCGCGCGAUCGAAGCGGGCGCCGAUGGCAUCUGGGUCUCCAACCACGGCGGGCGGCAAGUGGACGGCGCGCUCGGCUCGCUGAGCGCGUUGGCGCCGAUCGCGCGCUACGUGCGCUCGUCCGGGUGCGCGCUCACGCGCGGUGGCGAGCGGCCGACGCUGAUCUUCGACUCGGGCGUCCGCACGGGCGCGGACGCGAUGAAGGCGCUCUGCCUCGGCGCGGACGCUGUCGGCAUCGGGCGCCCGUACGCGUACGCGCUCGCCCUCGGCGGCGAACAGGGCGUCGAGUGCUUGCUCAAGGCGAUGCUAGCGGACUUGGAGCUCAACACCGCGCUCGCGGGGUGUAGAGGCGUCAAGGAGAUGGGCUCGCACUUGCUCGUUAGACGCGGCGAGGAGAGCAAGCUGUGAGGGGCCAUGUCUCAUAGCCUGGCUGCCUAGCUGGUUGGCUGCAUGCUACAUAGGGAUGUUGUGCAAUCGGAUUUGACCCACACUCUCCGUGUUGGUUGUUGCGGAGCAUUUGUACUUGGUCUUAAAGUGUAUGUCACUAUCAUCUUGGAG